CUUAAAACUCCACAUUCGAGUCGGAAAAGUCAAGGUGAAUUGUGCGCCAAAUUGCAGCAGAAACAGUAGAUUCUACCCCCCGCUGGCAAACUAACCCUUGGGCACUUUUUGAAAAGGAAAACAGGUCGUCGGUUCAUCGAACUUCCGCCAGAUACACAGAGAAGCUACAAGGAAAAAUGCCAGAUAUUCCCUUUGUCUUAAAUUUGGACUCGCCGGACUCCAUAUACUAUGGACACGACAUGUUCCCGAAUCGUAUGUACAGACGAUUGCAUUCCCGGCAGCACCAUGAUUUGGAUUUGCACACCCUGGGCUUAAUUGCCCGUAUGGGUGCCCAUGCUCAUCACCUGGUGGCCAAUAAGAGGAUUGGCGACCUGGCUGCUUUGGGUGGUGCUGGUGCCCGUGAUAAGAAGGGAAACUUCGAGAUUCACCUAGACGUGGGUCUCUUUCAACCAGGUGAAUUGACGGUCAAACUGGUGAACGAUUGCAUCGUGGUCGAGGGAAAGCACGAGGAGCGAGAGGACGACCAUGGUCAUGUCUCCCGGCACUUUGUCCGCCGUUAUCCGCUGUCCAAGGAGUACGAUUCGGAUGCCAUCGUCUCCAGUUUGUCGGAGGAUGGAGUGCUCAAUAUAACAGUUCCCCCAUUGGUUGCCAAGGAGGAGCUCAAGGAGCGGAUUAUACCCAUCAAGCAUGUGGGUCCAUCGGAUCUCUUCCAGAACGGAAAUGGCCACAAGGAGCCAGCCGCUCCAGCUUCCGCUCCAGUUCCGGAAGCCAAGUAAAGAUCCCCUAAAAAUAGCAGCAUUAGCAGCCAAGUGAUUUCCCAAGACUCUCGUUCAUCGUUGCACUAAAAAAAGUCACGUAAAUUACGCACGCAUCCUACUAUAUUUAUUAAUUUAUUUAUUAAUAGCUACAUUUUAAAAGUCCAAUUCAAUUUUUAGACUUACCAAAACCAGUACUAAUAAAGGAAUAUGAAUGUAUCA